GUACUCCCCGCCCCCCCCCCCCCCAAACCCCCGCGCCUCGCCGGAGCAGCUCCGCCGCGGCCGCCGCUCCUCCCUUCUCCCGGCCGGUCAAUGCCCCCGAUUCCAUCGCCCCGCGCCGCGUAUUCCUGAUUCUCCGCCUCCCCCAGCCCCCCGGGUUCCUCCGACGAGGAGGUCGCCGAGGAGGAGGAGGAGCAGGUGGCGGAGGUGCCCGCGGGCGGCGGCGGAGAGAUGGGGUACGCGCCGGGGCUAGCUCGCGUGCCGCGGGCGCUGCUCGCCCCCUGCGUCACCUGCCCGCUCUGCAGGGGCUACUUCCGCGAGGCCAGCGCCUUCUCCGAGUGCGGCCACACCUUUUGCCGGGAGUGUAUUAUGAAGAAAAUAGAUGAGGAGGAGAUCGAAGCCUGCCCAGUAUGCGACGUUGCCCUUGGGAUCACUCCAGAAGAGAAACUCAGGGCUGAUAUAAGUAUUCAGGCUAUCAGGAAUAAUCUGUUUCCACCUAAGGUAGAAGUUGAUGCAGUUGAGGCUCCAACUAUUACAUUGCCAGCAAAGAGAAAAGAGAGGUCCAUUUCUUCCUUGGUUGAAAUACCAAAGGUGGCAACACAGUCUACUCUGACAGGACGGAGAACCAAAGCUGCAAGAAGGACUAUCAUAUCUCACAAGUUUUCUCUCGGUAAAUUGCCAAAUAAAUCUGAAGACCGCAAUCAGACGGUUGAGAAGGCCUUGGAACUGAAAUCUACCAAGAUGACAACAUCUGCAAAUAAAAAGCAGAACAGUGUAGAUAUUUCUGAAGAUGGAAAGAAUCACGAGACGAUUGACAAGGAAGAGCUUGAGAAGCCUUUGCAGAGUUUAGUCGUGGCAAGUGCAAAGAAAUCGCAAAAAUCAAGUUCUUGUCACGAGGAAAGUCACAAAAAUAAAACAACCACAGAGGAUGGUCCGAGGGAAAGCCCAGAAGCAGACCCGCAUGAUAGCAUAACUACCCAAGUCUGGUUUUCACUAGUCACUUCACCGAACCAGGUUGAAGCUAAACUGCUGCCUCAGCUAGAAAAGAAUUUCUACAGAAUUAAAGAUGGAACUAUGCGGGUGUCCUCCAUAUUGAGGCUGAUUAUGAAAAAACUCGAGCUAGCAAGUGACGAUAAGGUGGAGAUCUUAUGCCAUGACAAGCCGGUCUGCCCCUCGACGACGCUGCACGGCCUACUCAAGCGGUGGCUGAGCUGCAAGGCGAAGGACGAGGUGCAGAGGCCGGUGGGUGCUCCGGCGAAUGAGUUUGUGAUGGAGCUGCGCUACCGCCGGUGCCCGGCGCCCAGGCCCCUGUGCUGCACGAUGAAGACAUCCUCCCUCCCCUGCCAUUGCAGCACCUAGCUCCUACGUCCCCGUCAUCUGCUCAUGCUCGUCGUUCAAUCGUCCAGCAGUCAGCCUACCUAGGGUUAAUUAGGAUAAUAUAUACAUGCAGUUAUCCACAUUCUAUACCUGCAUAUCUUUCUCGUUUUUGCUGUACCGUGUAAAGUGAGAUGGGGCGAGAGGAAGAGGUUAGCGUAGCCGUAGACAAAGAAUCUGAAAAGUUUAUGUAGGCUACAUUUUUGGUUUACAGUUACGACAAGAAAUUCGAAAGUUUAUGUAGGCUACAUUUUUGGUUUACAGUUAUGACAAGAAAUUCGCGAUAAAA